CACACGGGCAAGGACACGGGGAGCAGGAGUGACAUUUAUGUGAAGCGUUGACGGGAAUUUCUGCAGCUCCGUGGCUCGUCCAGCUCACACACUCCACGGGACCGAGCCGGGCCGCAGACACUGCUCACCUGCACGGCCUGGACCGCCGUUACUGCCGCGACCAGGCCUGCUGUCCCUCUCCCGUCCCCCCUGGACCCUGGAGCCGUGAUGUGUCUGUGCCUGGAGUGAUGGUCCUGUGGUGACCCCGCUGAGCUGAAUGGCGGUGAGCAGAGGGGGCGUGGCCUUCUGGGUGGGAUGUGUCCGCGGCCGCGGGGGACGGCCCCCCCUCCGGAGGAGCAGCUGGACCGGCGGUCAGGUGCUGGAGGGUCCCGAUCCCGGUCCGACCCGUCCCCUGAGCAGCGCCGUGUGGGCCCUGGCCCCCCCGAACAGCCUGCGGUAUCAGACCCUGAGGCAGCCGGCGCUGUGCCGCCCGCCGGCCCCCCCCGGCCGGCCCCGGCCCCGGGGACGGGCCGGCCCGGAGGACGAGUGGCAGGACUCGCUGAGCGUGUGCGUGCUGCUGCGGCCGGGCGACGGCGCCGGCGCCGGCCUGCACACCCUGCUGGAGAUCCCCCUGUUCCCUGAGGGCCGGCCCCCGGACCCGGACCCGGACCCGGACCUGUCCUUCCCCAUGACCACGGUGGACGGCUGCCGGCCGGACGACAUCAGCGUGGAGACGCUGAGGACCGGCGCCGCCGCCGGCAGCUUCAGGAGCCUGUUCCAGGCCGAGCGCUGCCCCGCCCCCUACGUGCGCGGCUCCACCUUCUACUGUUUCCACUGCCCCGCCCCCCGGCCGGGGUGGGACCAGAACCUCCCGCUUAACCCGGAGAACCCCCGGCCUCGGCCCGCCUCCGCCUCCCUGUGCGGCCCGGCCGGCCCGGCGCCGGGGGGGCGGGCCGAGCGGGACCGGGACGGAGAGCAGAACCUGGAGCUGAUGUUCGAGAGGCUGAGGCUGGAGCUCCCAGGGUUCUUCAUGUCCAACCACGACUACAGCAUGUACUCCCCCGACCUGGAGUUCAUCAACGGCCUGCUCAACGUCCGCACCCGAGGCCGCCUGCUGUACCAGCUCACCCUGUCCCUGUGGCGUCUCGUCUGUCUCUGCUACUACGCCGAGGCGCGUCUGGACGUCCUGAAGCUGACCAAGCACCCGGAGGACGGCAGCGUCCGGGCCCGCUGGAGGAUCCGGGGUCUGCCCUUCCACUGCCUGCUGCUGCGCUUCUACCGCAAGGACAAGUCCCACCUGUACAGGUCGUAUGACGCCUUCUCCACCUUCUACGUGGGACAGGACGGCCUGAUCCACUGUCACCGAGUGGACAAGGUGAUGCCGGCCCCGCCCCCCGCCCUCCCCCGGGUCACGUCCCUCCUGGCGGGGGCCCUGGUGGCUCUGGGGGUGCAGGAGCCCCGCCCGGCCCUCAACCUGCUGCCCCUCCUGCUGUCCUCGGCCCCCGGUCCCCGUCCCGCCGUCCUCACUGCAGCGCAGCAGGAACCCACGGCCCGGGACAAAGGAGCGGAUGAAGAGCCCGGUCCACGCUGCUCCCCCCAGUGAGCCUGAGCCCCCCCCCCUCGGAGUCCUGGACUCCAACCCAGAACCUGCUGUGAGGCCAGAGUACAAACCACUGCAGCACCGUGCCGCCCCCACUGAGACCAGCCUCCGUCUGCUGGACACGUCAGACUGAGUCCUCAGUGGGACUGAGGACCGGAGGAGACGGAGACAGAGUCCACGUCUGUCCCUGUCUCACAUCUGGCCCCCGCCUCCCGUUGGAGCCCUUCAGUUUCAGACCCCGCCUCCCGUUGUGGCACCUUUGUUCCGGAGUCCGCCUCCUGUUUGGGGCCCUGGGUUCCGGGUACCUGGUCAGGAGGACUGUCUCUGGGGUCCGGGUCCAGGAGGACAGUCUCUGGGUCCGGGUCCAGGAGGACAGUCUCUGGGUCCGGGUCCAGGAGGACAGUCUCUGGGUCCGGGUACCUGGUCAGGAGGACUGUCUCUGGGUCUGGGGUCCGGGUCCAGGACUGUCUCUGGGUCUGAUGUUUCUUUGUUUGAAAAUGAGAGCUGAGAGAAGAGCGUGCAUGAGGAGUGUGCACGUGGUCCCACUUUAACUGUCCAGCUUCACUGUAAACCUGCGUGAUGAAGAUGAUGAUGAUGAUGAAGAUUGAAAGAUUAAAUUAAUGCAUCUU